ACUUUAACAUAAAAUUUUUGUAUUUGUAAAUAUUGAUUACGUAGUUUAAUAGAUAAAAAAGAAAACAAUACAAUUUGUUUUCAAUAUCUAUUAAGAAAUGUUACUAUUCUUAAACCACUUUGCAGUAUUAAUAUAUAGUAAUAAAAUUCAAUCGUCGUCCUCUAAUUGGAUCAUGAGUCCACGUGUUUGAGAUAUGUACAAAUAUAUAUAUAUUAGUUAGUUGCGAAGCCUUUGGUGAUUAGAAGUACCCGACGUCGGCUCUCAUUUCCGAGCAAGGAACGUACCUGUUCCAUGAAUGGAGUUCGGCAUUGUGUGACCGAACUUUUUUUUAUUUAAGGGCACCUACAGCUUCGUUUUCGGCUAAGCACGGUAGCAGUCGUCUUCAGGUAAGUCGUGAAAUCCCACCUCAAAUAUCGACGAAUCGGUUUUGCGCGAUUCUAAGUAAAAUCGUGAUGACUAAACUAAGUUUAUAAAACGGUCGCGCCGUUGUGUUAUUUGUGUGCUGCGAAUUAGUGGAGGGUUUACCACCGUCAAUUCAAUAGGUAUUUUGAAAAGUAUAAAAAGGUGUUGUUGAUUUCUGCGAUUAAUACUGCUUUAUUGUACUUGUAUGCAAUUAUUUGCCUGUACGGAUGUAAAUAACUCAAAAAACAUACAAAAUGACGUCAAAAAAAUACGAAGGAUUUUCAAAUCCUAUAGAUGUUAGCACAGAAACAUUAUCCUGUGAUCUAAACCAAAUGACGGUAACCACAGUGCUUGGUUUAAUGGAGAACGAAAAAAAGCUACCAACAAACGAUAUUAAUAAAGUUGAAUCUCAAGAAAAUGAAAAAUCGGGUCACAAUUGUAAAGAACCGGUUGUGGAAAAUCUUUUCUACAUGGCGCUCCAAAUUUUUGUGCCCUUUUUGAUUGCUGGUAUAGGAACUAUAGGAGCCGGUUUGGUUUUGGGUCGAGUUGAAGAUUACGAAGUUUUCAAAAACAUAAAGGCGCUCUAUAUUUUGGUACCAGCCAUAAUUGGAUUAAAAGGAAAUUUGGAUAUGUGUUUGGCAUCGAGGAUGUGUACCCAAGCCAAUUUAGGAACAUUGGAUAUUCGCGCUGAGCUCAUCUCGAUGAUUAUAGGAAACAUUUUUUUAGUACAAGUCCAAGCUAUCGUUGCAUCUUGCGUGGUAUCGCUGUUUGCUGUUUCGGCAUCGGCAGUUCUUACCGGCGAUUUUAAUUUUCACGAUGCCAUGUUAUUGGUAGCUUCUAGCACAAUAACCGCAACAACAUCUUGUUUUAUUUUGGACUUUGUAUUAAUAGCCGUUAUACUUUUAACAAGAAAAUUAAAAAUGAACCCCGAUAAUUUGGCCACUCCUUUAGCGGCUAGUAUUGGAGACGUCGUUUCUUUGAUCGUCCUUUCAACAGUUGCUUCUCUUUUAUACGAAAUACACGAUAAAUACUUUUAUAUCAUGUUCAUCAUCGUUGGAAUUUACGUCUUAUUUUUGUUACCUACUUGGGUUAUGAUUGUAAGAAAGAAUAAAUAUACCAAGACUGUUUUAAAAGAAGGAUGGGUUCCUGUUAUUUCAGCUUUAUUUAUUAGCGGAAUGGGUGGUUUAGUUUUGGAUAGUGCCGUGGAAGAUUUCACAGGAUUCGUAGUCUUCCAACCGAUAAUCAACGGAAUCGGUGGAAACUUAGUUUCAAUACAAUCAAGUCGGAUAUCAACGAUGUUGCAUCAAACUUCUUUGCCGGGUAUCAUCCCGCCUUACACCAAGCAAUGGAUAAUGCCGUGGGCAACGUUUUUUAGUAAAAUGUUAUCGGCGAGAACUGCGAGAUUAUUAGUAAUAUUAUCAAUUCCGGGUCAAGUUGUAUUCGUUCUGGUUGCCGAUGUAAUUUAUAACAACGGCGAAUUAGCCUCGACUGUUUACUUUGUUCUAACUUACCUGACAGUAUUUAUAUUUCAACUGAGUAUUCUUCUCUACGUCUGCCAUUUAUUAAUCCAUACCAUGUGGAGGUUUAAAAUUGACCCGGAUAACUCCGCCAUCCCGUUUUUAACUGCUUUGGGGGAUCUUUUAGGAACCUGCUUGUUAUUCGCAGGAUUCAUAUUUUUGAAAGAAAUCGGCCAUCCAUAUACUCCUAUUUAAUUUAAUUUAAUUCAACAUUUUAGGAUUCUUUGAAGAAUAUUCAAACGAUAAAUAUAUUUUUAUACAUAUGUAUAUAUUUUUAAUGUGAUAA